AUGGCGGGGGUCGACCUGGAAAAAUGCAAGCGUAUUGUACAAUACUUCUGGGACCCAGAACCUAAGAAUGACACAGUCCCCAAAGCUUCGAUCUGGUGCCUGGGCCAAGAAUACACCCCCACCUCAGGAGAUACCUCAAAGAGCACAGACUGGCGAAGAGGCCACUCACCAGAGGAAGAGUCCAAGUUACUGUCCAUGUUCGCGGAUGACCCCCAAAGCCCAUUCUCAAUACACCGAUUCGUUCAACGCGGAGCAGAAUCCUGCGGGAAAUACCCCGGAGAGUGGUUUGGGCCAUCGGCCACGGCUCGCUGUAUACAAAUGCUAUCCAGCGAAAGCGAAUCACCAAAGUUGAGAGUCUACGUAACAAACAAUACCUCCGACGUCUACGAAGACCAAGUUGCCCGACUUGGCCGCGAUGAAAAUGGAAAAACGAUACCAGUCCUCAUAUUACUCGGGUUAAGGCUCGGUAUCGAGCAAGUCACAUCUGUAUAUUGGGAUGGUCUUCGAGCUGCACUGCAGUACCCACAAUCAGUCGGCAUCGCUGGAGGCCGCCCAUCAGCAUCGCACUAUUUCGUAGGUGUGCAAGAUUCGCAUCUAUUCUUCCUGGACCCCCAUUCCACGCGCCCGGCACUCCCGAUGCCUCGGCCGGGCAAGAUUUACUCCACCGAGGAAUUCGAUAGUUGCCACACGCGCCGAUUGCGACGCAUACAUAUCAAAGAUAUGGAUCCGAGCAUGUUGAUCGGAUUCGUGAUUCGAGACGAAGCGGACUGGAAAGAUUGGAAACAGCGCGUGCAAUCAACUCCCGGCAAGCCCAUCAUCCACAUACUGCCCGGAGCACCGAUCGAAGAAGGACCAGGUCGAAUGGAAGCGCUAGACGAAGUCGAAGCGCUGGACGAGGAUGAUUCUGAUAUCGCGGGGUAA